AAUAGAAUAAUGAUGAUAAGGCAAAGACCAGAAAAAAUUUAGGAGGUUUGUGUUAAAUAUAGACAACCUGUGCUAUACACACGUAUGUAGAACAUGUUGAACUAGUGCCAAAAUGGUUUAUUGGCCCCAAUUGAGUGUAUGUACACUUACCGGUGUUUAAAAUGUAUGUACAUUAACACAUUGAAUAUGGACUUGCAAAAUGAAGAAAAUAUUAAAACGCUCAUUAAAAAUCCAAAAGUAAAAUUACUGAGGACUGGAAGAACCACCGUCAAGUACAAAGGGGAUUGGAAUAAUUUACCAGAUUUGUUACUUGAAAAUAUUUUCUCGUUUCUGGACAUUGGAGCUAAACAUAACGCUUCAAAAACAUGCAGAUUGUGGAAUUCAGUUUUUAAUUUACCAUAUUCAUGGCAUACGUUUGUUUUUGACGACACGACCCUCACCCGGAGAAAGUUUAACUAUUAUUCAGGAUGGCAGUACAUGUUAGAUCAUCUACGGGUGCAAAUGUGCCUUCAGUCUAUUGGCCGUUACGUCAAAGUUCUGGUGUUCAAGCCGAUUACCAAUUUUUAUAACCUAUACGAGUUCAUGAACAUGAUAUCGUUCUAUGCUGAACAUGGCCAAGGAGUAGGAUCGAGAAUAAGCACAUUACAGUACACAUUCCCGUGCAACAUGGCAACGUCACGUAUCGAUGAAUCGGUUUUGUACGGCACAGGAGGUAAGCUUUUGGAAGCGCUAAAAAGAUUGAUGGGAAACUUGCCGUCACUUGUGAGAUUGGAGUUGAUCGAUUUGAUGUUGGACAACGACGACGCGCAGACGUUAUUGGACCAAGUGUGUUUCUACUGUUGCACCACGUUGAGAACCUUAGUGUUGGUGAAUACUACUAAAUACGUAUGCCAGUUGCUCCAUCCCGGAGCUUUUAUUAAUUUACAGAUAUUAGUGAUUAGUCCUCAGAAUCUAGGAAGCGAUUUGUUGUUAAUGCUGAGUCAAAUCAAACUCAGUCACUUGCACAUACUCCAAAACCGUUAUACGCCCAUUGACAUUGAACCCAUGAACUCGUUCGACUGGAAACAUUGUGUUAAGACAAACCCAACGUUAAAAGUACAUCUCAGGGUGGAAUCCAUCAGAGAAAGACAGAUUUUAUGGCAACCUAGUUCACCAGUUUCGAGCAUAAUUUAUAAAUCGCCAAACAUGCGGAUGAGCACUGAAAUUUUAAAUAAGGCAAUCGAAUUAUACUCUGAUCGAUUGCUGACGUUUGGUUAUCUGGAACUCCCGAAAUUCUAUCAACCAUCGUCGUUCAAAGAGCGAAUUGACACGACCUUGGUAAAUCUAGUCCAGUUUUGUCCUAAGCUGGAUACCUUAAUGAUUAGAGAAAAAAUAUCUACGUGCACAUUGCUAUUGAUUUCAUACUAUGGUCACUCGUUAAAAUGUUUACACGUCCGUCGCAAUGCUGUAAUCUUACGAUGCGAUUGGCCACGACAAAAUGAUUGGUCGGAUGAGUUUUAUCGAUGGUUGAAAAAGUCCAGCACAUCGUACGAAAUAGUAGAAGAAGAAAUUUCGUUAUCUUUAGGAUUGGACAAAUGGUCGAUGCUUAGUGAUCAAGAUUUUAAACGUAUAUCUCCACAACUUUAUUCGUCGUUUUAUAAGUAAAUAAAAUAUACCUACCUAAACCUAUACUAGGUACCUUUUGUUUGUCUUUAUAAAUUGUUUUAUUUUUUAUAAAAUAACAAUUAAUGAAAGUUGAAAAAUAUUGACGAUUGUAUAGUACUAUAGUAUAAUAAAUGUAUUGGUUAUAAUUAUGUGAACCUUUAUGCACAAACAAAUCUGAAUUUGUAAAAAAAAAAAUAUAAGUAGGUUCUUAUAAUUAUACAAUGUUGCUUUAUUUCUUAUCUGUCAUGAGAAAAUUAAGAUUUUAUUAGAUAUAUAUUAUAUCAAACUUAUUCAUACCUAUAAAUCUACCUUGUAAAUUUGUAUACCUUUUAGCUAUACCUACCUAGUAAAAUAUGUCAAUAUGUAUUGAAACCUAUGUACAAUAAAUUAGAUA